AUGCGAUGCGCGAGCAAGGCCGCCGAGAGCGCGUCCGCACGUCUCUGUGCGGACGCCGAGGCAGAAACAACAGCAACUGAUGUCUCAUCGGUUGCUGAAGAGACCCAGCCUGUGUCACUUGGUGAUGCAGGCGCUGGUCAUGAAGACACUCGUGUCUUCACAGAGUACGAGCUCGGUGUCUCAUACUCUCCUGAUACGGAUGACGGAUCCGUAUCGACGGCGAUUGAAUCUAAGCCGCCUGCCAAGCGUGGCAUGGAUGAUGCUUUGCGUCGUAGCAUCUUUGGCUCAUCUGAUGAAUCAGAUGAACCAUCGCCGAAGCGAAGGCGCUCGAGGUCGCAAGACUCGGGCACUCACAGUGGUGUCGGCUAUCCUAUGGACACCACUUCGCAACGAGGUGCCAGUACUUCUGUCGGCACGUCGCAGGAAGAGCGGGACCGCAAUGUCUUGCGUCUUGCUCCAGAAAAGAAGGCAUGGAUGCCUCCAAAAUCCGUCAUGGAUCACUUGUCGGCGACGACGAGUGAUCGUUAUCGAACACGAUUGUUCGAUUCGUCAAGGAUCCAUCACCUUGACCCCAGCGCGAAAAACUAUCGCGCUGAACAUGAAUUCUUCAUCGAUGCUUUCUUUAGACAUCGAUGGUACAGUGGGAAUCACAAACGUGAUGGUCCCUCACUACUUCAGGCGUGGAACGCUUACAUCCAUAACCUUUGA